AUGCUGACCAAGGCUGAAAAGAGGGAGAAAUUACGCUUGUUAAAAGAAGCUAGAAAGACGGGAGCUAGAGUUACACUAGAUUCUGAUGACGACACCAAUUUGAAUGAAAUCUAUGAUGAAGUAGACGAAGAAACGUUUAGAGAACAUAAAAGACAUCAAUUAAUGAAUGAUGACUUUAUUGUUGAUGAUAAUGGCGAAGGGUAUGUUGAUAAUGGUGCUGAUGAAUGGGACGACUCUUUGAGGCCUAACUAUUACUCAGAUGAAGAGGUUGUGGAAUCGAACAAAAAGAGACGCAAGAACAAAGUGGGACAAAGGCCCGCCAAAGUUGCCAAGACUGCACCAAUAAACAACUUUUUCAAAUCUACUACCCGUAACAACGAAGUCAAGAAAGUAGACAUGAAUAUCGACGAUAUUCUUGAAGGGUUUCAAGAAGUGGUGCCACAGAAGAAAGCCAACAUGGCAAAAUCGUUUGCAAACUUUAAAAAGACAAAUACCAACAAAACAAAGAAACCAAACACGUCGUUUACAUUUUCCACUGUCACCAGAGAAAGAAAAUCACCUUCAGUUGAGACUUUCAAUGCAUCUUCGGACUAUACUAUGGAUUUCGAUGAAAUUGAACAGCCUUCAUCCCCUGGAACCAUCUUUGCUAGUGAUGCCGUUCAGGAGAAGGAGAAUAUUAACCCCGCUUCAUCGCCUCGGAAGGAGUUAAAGAGCGAUAAAAGUGGUCCAGAACCAAAGCCAGAUGAUAGCGAUUCCGACGACGAUGUGAUAUUUGCAAAGAGACCCAGAACAUCCGGUGUUAAGAGAGAAAAUAACGCUACUACGAUCUCUUCAGUCAAAGCUAGUUCAAUCUCAUCGUCACCGCCAAGACAACCGAGCACGAUGUUUGCAAAUCAUACGGAUAAAAUAGAUGAACUGAAUGUGAGCGGUGAGACUGGAAGCUUCAAAAUGUUUUGGUUAGACUAUGCUGAAGUUGAAAACUCAUUAUUGCUUUUUGGAAAAAUACAAACCAAGGAUGGUAAAUUGGCUUCUGGGGUUGUUCAGGUUAAUGGGCUUUGUCGCGAAUUGUACAUCUUACCUAAGGAGAAUAAAACUGAUGCUGAAAACCAAAGAUACACUACAGAUGAUGUCCUAGAAGAAAUUACUCCUAUUUUCAUGGAAAAUUACAAGUUGGAAACGCUCAGGGCUAAGCCAGAAGUAAAAAAGUACGCUUUCGAAUUGGCUAAUAUACCUAAAGAAGCCGAGUAUUUAAAAGUAUUGUUACCAUAUAAUACUGCUACAAACAGAAAGGUCCUUCCUGCUGACACCGAAGGAGAAACGUUCAACCAUAUAUUUGGAACCAACGCAAACAUGUUUGAAUCUUUUGUCACCCAGAGGGGGAUCAUGGGUCCAUGCUGGCUUGAAAUUCAAGGUGGUGACUUUGACGCUAUUCGAAACUCGUCUCAUUGUCAAAUUGAAGUUGCAAUUAGUCUGCCGGGGAAGGUGAGUGUUGUGGACAAGGCUCCACCAUCAGCUCCUAACUUGACAUGCUCCUCUGUAUCGGUACAGACAGUGAUGAAUCCAAAACGAAACAGGCAAGAGAUUGUUUCCGUAUCUUUGGCCACGUACUACAAUUUACCCCAGGAUGCUCCAAUUCCAGAAGACUUGAAACCAGAUGAUGUUAUUACGUUCGCGAGACCAGUGGGCACAGUUUCAUUCCCUCCAGGAAUGAAACAAUUGGCAGAAAAGGAUCAGUUUGAACUACGUAUUUGCCCCAACGAGAAGGUUUUAUUAAACGCAGUGGCGGCCAAAGUCAAGAGCGUUGAUCCAGAUGUAUUUAUUGGUCAUAGGUUGGAAAAUAUUUCUUUGGAUGUAUUAGUACAUCGAAUGCAUGAUGAACAAGUCACUAUAUGGUCCGCGUUAGGACGCAGAAACAGAAAGCAAUGGCCACAUGCAAUCAAUAGGCAUGGUUCAGGGUUCAACAACAAUUUGCUUAUUCGUGAGGUUUUCCAAGGAAGGUUGUUGUGUGAUAUUGCAAACGAAAUGGGACAAUCGUUAACAAUGAAAUGUCAGUCUUGGGACUUGGUUGAGAUGUAUGACGUUGUUUGUCACAAGAAACACAAUGCGUUGGAUAUCAAUUAUCAAAACUCUAAAUUCUCCGAGGAUGCUACAUUAUUUAUGCUCGCAUUGAAAGAGAAUGAGGUCAAUGUAAAGAUUGCAAGUGAAGUAGCCUUUGCCACCCAAAUACUUUCGUUAUCGAAACAGUUGACGAAUAUUGCUGGUAAUGCUUGGAGCCACACUUUGAGUGGUACCAGAGCUGGUAGAAAUGAGUACAUCUUAUUGCACGAGUUUAGAAGAAACAACUAUAUUGUUCCAGACAAAGAGGAUUCGACUCACAAAAAUACAACGUUUCAGCAAGAGGCUCAAUUGGAAAACAUUGACGACGAUGUACAAACAACGACAUCGAAUAAGAAGCCAAAGUACCAAGGUGGAUUGGUCUUUGAACCGGAAAAGGGGUUGCACAAGAAUUACGUUUUGGUUAUGGACUUCAACUCAUUGUAUCCUAGUAUUAUUCAAGAAUACAACAUUUGUUUUACAACUGUUAACAGAGACAAAUUCAAUGUUACACAUAAUGAGGAUAAGGAUAUGCCCUUGAUACCAGACAAUGAUUCAGAAAGAGGAGUAUUGCCAAGAUUAUUGAAUUCCUUGGUUACCCGUCGUAGAGAAGUGAAGAAGUUGUUGAAGGACCCCAAAAAUACCCCCUUUCAAAAGGCCCAAUAUGAUAUCAAACAACAAGCUUUAAAAUUGACAGCCAAUUCCAUGUAUGGUUGUUUGGGUUAUGUAAACUCUAGAUUCUAUGCCAAACCAUUGGCGAUGUUGGUGACAAACAAAGGUCGUGAAAUUUUGAUGGAUACGAGACAGCUUGCUGAAUCAUCGAGUCUAAGAGUUGUGUACGGAGACACUGAUUCUGUCAUGAUUGACACAGGUGCUCAAAGUUUGAAAGAUGCUAUCAAAAUUGGUGAAGAGUUUAAAAUUCAAGUUAAUGAGCGCUAUAAGAUGUUGGAAAUUGAUAUUGACAAUGUAUUCAAACGAUUGUUGUUACAUGCUAAGAAGAAGUAUGCAGCCAUGAAUGUGUCGUUGAGUAAAGCUACUGGUGAAGAGAUAACUGCAUUGGAGGUUAAGGGAUUGGAUAUGAGGAGACGUGAGUAUUGCCAGCUUUCAAAAGACAUUUCUACGUUUGUUUUGAUGAAAAUCUUGUCCGACUCAGAUCCAGAAGAGGCCUUGCAAGAUGUUUACACGUAUUUGGAAGAGAUGCGAGACAAGAUCCUUGGAAAUGGGAUACCAGUGGACAGGUUCAAGAUCAACACAAAACUUUCAAAGGAUCCUAACAACUACCCUAAUGGGAAAUCGAUGCCCCAAGUACAGGUUGCGCUUCGUUUGAAAGCUGAAGGAAAAGUGAUCAAGGCAGGUAGUGUCAUAACUUAUGUCAUCACUGCCCCUACCGAUGAUAAGGACAAGUCGACAGUUGCAGAAAGAGCACGAGCAAUUCAAGACUUGUUAUCCAAGAAGCUGGAUUUAAAGCCAGAUCCAAUGUAUUAUCUUGAGAAACAAAUCUUUGCUCCUGUUGAGAGGUUAUUGGACAAGAUUGAGUUGGUUGAUAUGAUGCGAGUGGCCACAAGCUUAGGCAUCGACACCAAACGAUACAUUCUUAAAGUCAAGAAUGAAGGAUUGAAUGAAAUAACAUCAAUUGAGUCAAAUAUUUCCGAUGACGAGAGAUUUAGACAAUCAAGUUAUCUUGUAUUGAAGUGCAAUUGUGGCCAUGCAUUCAGGUAUGGUGGUAUUCAACCAUCAAGCGACUAUAAGGUUACAUUUAAUGGAGUAACGUGCAAGAAAUGUGACUUUAGUUUCCCCACAGUAAAACUCACAGCUCAACUUGAGGCAACAAUAAGAAAGCACAUUGCGUUAUACUACUGUGGCUGGUUAGUCUGUGAUGAUACAUCAUGUGGAAUUGAAACAAGGCAGAUCUCUGUUUAUGGAAAGAGGUGCAUCGGAGCUUCUGGCAAAGGUUUAGACUGCAGAGGCGUCAUGAGGUACAGGUAUACCGACAAGGCAUUGUACAAUCAAUUGUUGUACUUUAAUUCCAUCUUUGAUGUGGAAAAGACAAAAGCAGGAAAACUAAGGCCAAUUGUUGACGCGCUUGAGACAUCUUCUUCUUCGGGUGAAGAUCAGCAGAAAUUGGCUCAGGGACAAGUCGAUGCCUUGGCAGAACAGAAUAAGGAGUUGUUUGCAAACUGUCAAGAGGUUGUUCUGAAAUAUCUUGAGGAAUGUGGACGUAGGUAUGUGAAUAUGGGAUCAAUUUUCGAUUUCAUGAGUUAG